UCGACAGUUGCCCUACAAGAAACGAAAACGAAGCAUGUAGCGGCUUUGCUACGUUUUCAACAUAUUUGCAGUGCAUCCGAAGCAGGUGCAGCUUAAAAAUACAAGAGAUAAAUAAUCAGUUUUCAUCGAUCUGGCAAAUGUGAGUCUCAGAGUGCCGCUGUCGGGUGCGUACCUCGCUAAGGGAUCGUCUUAAAAGGUGUGCAAGGAAAUAAACGUUGAGAAUAAUGUCCUUGUGUCUCAUUCAGCAGCAGACUUCAGUGAAACCGCAGGCAUGCCUGCAGCAGAGAGCAACCAUGCACUGCGUGUCCUGUCCUCCCUGAACCAGCAGAGGGCAGUAGGGAGGUUUUGUGAUGCUGUGUUAAAUGUAGGAGGUGGGGUGGUCUACUUGGCCCAUCGCAACAUCCUCGCCUGUUUCAGUGAACUGUUCCAACAGUCCAACAUGCCCGCUGCAUCGUGCAUGGAGUUCUGCCUGCAGGAGUGUCCCAACGACGGCCUGGAGCUGCUCCUCAACUUUGUCUACACCGGAGAGCUGAAGUUGGAACCUGAGAACCUCGAGAAGGUGCAGCAUGCAGCGGCCAGCCUGUGUGUGCCAGAAGCACUCACCCUCUGUCAGCAGUUUAAGGAAACUUCUGUGGAUCCUGUGCCUUUCAAGCGCAAAAGAGGCAGACCUAGAAAGUCUCCAUCAGAUACAACCCCUUAUUGUUCCGUCAAAGAAGAGAACUUGCUUACAAUCACAAAAGAUGAGUCCAGCUGUGAUACUGCCACAGCCAAUUGUAGCAUGGCCGCCACUACGACCACCACCACCCGCUCCGGUCGUGUAGUGAAGGGCCCCAGGCGACUGGUGACUGUGCAGGGUCCCACCACAGAUUUUACAGCCCCUGAAAAAGUCAGCAAGAAGGCUUUGCUUAUUCCCAUGGAGAUGGAAAGUGGUGAUGAUGUCGAGGGGAACCCAAACCCAGAUCAGUCAACUGAGAUAACUGACUUGCAGAUUGACAUAAAUGACAACAGUGUUAGCCAGGGAUUGGAGGCAGUAGUAGAAGAAGAAGAAGAGGACGAUGUGGGGGAUUUUGAGGGGAUAGCUGAGGACACAGAUGAGGAGUACGUUCCGGUUGAAGAGCCCAUUUCCUCAGCCCCGUCAACAUCAACGGCACGGAAGUGCAAAGUCCAGAGUAAAACGGACCAAAACGAGAAUGGUGAGGCUGUGGAAGAAGACUCCAAGAAGGAUUCCGUGCAGUGUCCCGUCUGUGAAAAAUCCUUCAAGAGCAAAUACUAUCUCAAAGUCCACAACAGGCGGCACACAGGGGAGAGGCCCUUUGGUUGCCUCAAGUGUGGAAAGAGGUACUUCAGGAAGGAGAAUCUUCUGCUCCAUGAGAUCAGAGACUGUGCCAAAGUACAGACGUACACCUGCGUGACAUGCUCUUCGACAUUUAAUGGAAAAGAAGAGCUACGUUUGCACGUCGUGUCCCACACAGGAGAUAUGCCCCACAAGUGUUCAACGUGUCCUGAACAAUUUAUGCACAAGAAGAACUUGACAAUUCACAUGAUGAAGGUCCAUGGUCAUCCCAAACCACAUGCAUGUCCCCAGUGCCCCAAAACCUUCUUAACCCGGACAGAGCUGCGUGUGCACGAAGCAGCCAAACAUCGAGGAGAAAAGCCGUUUGUGUGCGAGGAGUGUGGCCAUCGAGCCUCUAGUCGAAACGGCCUGCAGAUGCAUAUUAAAGCCAUUCACAGAAAUGAGCGCCCUUUUGUCUGUAACGUAUGUGGCCAUGCAUUCUCACAGAAGAACAACCUAAACAUGCAUCUGCGUAUACACAGUGGUGAGAGGCCCUACCAAUGUCAUCUGUGUGGCAAAACCUUCAGGACGCAAGCCAGUCUAGAUAAACACCACCGGACACACACUGGUGAGCGUCCUUUCUGCUGUGAUGUUUGUGAGCAGCGCUUCACAGAGAAAGGCGCCCUCGUCCGCCACAAGGCCAGCAAACACGAGGAGGGCCGUCCCCACUGUUGUCACAUAUGUGGCAAAACCUUCAAAGCGAGGGAGCAACUUCGUGUUCACCUGCGCCGCCAUAAGGGCAUGAGGAAGUUCGAGUGCAUCGACUGUGGCUACAAGUUUACUCGACAGGCACACCUGCGACGACACAUUCAAAUCCACAAACGCACUGAGAACUACAACCCCCGGCAGAGAAAACUGAGGAACGUCAUCGUGCAGGAAGUGGACGGCGUAAGUCCGGGUGACAACGAAGCGCAAGACGCGCUGAUCGUAGAGGAGACCACCGACGGACAGGAAGUCACAAGCGCGGACCACGACUCGGGAACGGGCCUCAUUUCGAGUUGCGUAGUGAGUGUGAUGAUUGAGUCCAGCAGCGUGGUCACAGAGGAGGAGAGGGUGUCCAACCAGAACCUGGGGCACGUUGAGGCGGCGGAGAGCUUCUCUGUGCCAGAAACACCGCUGGUCACCGAGGCGUACGAGUCCACGAUGGAUAUGGAGGAAAUGGUUGAGAAUAUACCAGAGAUGAAGACGUGAGGACUGAACGACCAGAGUGUGCAACCUACUCAGAGUUGAUGUUACUGUGAAGACCACUUCCUUAAUAAGAAGCAGCUACAUGUGAUGCAAAGACAUUUGGUCUUACGGUUCCAAAGAUGACACUGCGACGCAGGCGGCUACAGACGUCUUUCCAACCAUGUAAGAGAAGAGCAGCAAAUAAUUCUCACGCUUUUAGUAGUCGACUGUAAAUGAGUAGCAUGCGUGUGAAGGAUGCAUGAAUGUGAAACCAUGCCUUUUUUUUGAUUGCGCCCCAUUUUAUCAAUGAGCCCACUGCAGUCAGACUCUGGAAAAUCUGUAAUAAACUCUUAUUGUGGGAAAUGCA